UCAAUUCUUUUUUGUAACUUGUUUGUUUUUUGUAACCUCGAUGCUUUGAUGAACUGGCCAGGAAUCUGAGGUUAUGCCAAAAUGUAGGUCAAUUACCCCUCCUAGAAAAUACCCUGGUUUUACUCAAAUGAGUCAUUUUGUGCGUACAGAAUCACUCAUUGUCCUCUCCCUCCAGGUCUUCCUCAAGGUCGUAACCCUACUUAAUAGAUCACUGAGGGUUUUGUUAAGUGUGAAUCGCAGCUUUGUUUUGAGCCCUUACGAACACAGGUGAAUUCUAGCAACCAAGAAGACGGUUCCAGAUCUAACGAUCAAACGCCCGCACACCAAUUUGCCGAGGCCGUGGGUGCGCACCGUACUACCAGCAGUCAUCUCAGCCUCAGUGUAUUUUCUGUACGGAGAUCUUCCGCAAGUACCUAUAUAAUGUGUUAUCCAUAUAUUUUCUGUUUUAUUAGAAUUUUGGACGCCUGCACUUGGACGUGUCUAGGGAGUCAGCAGUCAUUUCACCUGCGAGGAGCAUCACAGCAUCCGCCACCACUCUGACUACCGAGGGAAGCGACUGACACCCGAAAUAUCUUGCUAUUUCCACAGGAUGAGUUAGCAGAUGCAUACUGACAUGUGGAUAUUGUCGUGCUCGGAUCGCAGUUGAAAAUGCACAAUACUAAGGUGCACAAACAUUGCAAGCACAUGUCAUAUUGUAGUCGUUGCAUUGCUGUUCACAGCGAGCUACCCAGCGCCCUUGAGACACGAAAAAGCUAGAGUAAGGGCAAAGAUUUAAAGCUGGCUCUUAUUUGUUGGGAACCAUGGUGCGAGCAAUUUUUCAUGGAUGCAGAGAGAUCAUGUGCAGAAGGUACGGGAUUGCUCAAAACAAUAUCAGCCACAAUGCUUGAAAGUCAUCCCGACCUAAUAUUGUAUCUUCGCCCUCUUGAGUAUGUAUCAUGUCAGGUUACAUGAAGAUUCUAGCCUACUACUACGCACAUGUUAGCGAUUCGCAUGGAUAGAUGCCUUUGUAUACGAAAAUACAACGGGGAAUGUAUUACUCAAAUCGCAGCCUUCGUUUUGUUCUUCUGAGAAUGGAGCAACACAUAAUUGCAGAUAUCAAGACAGAGAGGCUGUUGUAGAAGCUGCGCAUUUGAUCGUUUUAAGGAAAAUUUCAUGUUGACUUGAAACACCAAGCAGCAAUGCAAUUUGUCCAGCAUGUACGUUGAAGGACCCUGUUGCCAAGAAAGGUGUCUCAAGCGUUUAGCCUUGCUUCCGAAAUAAAUUUGCCUCUUGAUAAAUUGGGCUGUUUUCAGCUUCUAUCUUGAAUUGCCUCCUAUAAUUUGGAAAGGAUCUUACCAAGAGGUGAUAUUGAAUGAGGAGAUGAGCAUCUAUUAUGCAAUAGAUUUGUAGCACAUUAUCUUAAACGAUGAUAAGAUUUGAUUAUGGGAUGUGCGGCACAAGAAGAGUGCUCACCAUGAGCAGUAACAAGGAAUUAAUAGUUAGACCGUUGCAGGAGAAUGAAAGAUACACAGCAAUAAGCCACACGUGGGGAGACACACGCAAUAGCAUUGAGGGAAUAGGGUGGGACGUUCCUUCUUGGAUAUCUUGUCUUACUUGCAAAGCCCUAGUAGAAGCUUACAACAGUGUUUGGAUAGACAGCUUGUGUAUCAAGCAAUUUGAUGAGGAAGAUGUGAAAAUGCAAAUUAAAGAGAUGCACAACAUAUAUAGGAGUGCACAAGGUGUUGUUGUGGUCUUGGUUGGCAACUAUUCUGCGCAGUUAAGUGCUCUACGACGCACUGCUCAGUUGCUCAUAAACCUAGAGAUGGUGGAAGAAUGCACGCUAUCAUCCUCGGAUUGCCUUUAUGUGAAAAUAUUGGAGGAAAUGAGAGAUGCGGUAGUCAUUGCAAGAGAAAUGCCAUGGUUCAGGCGUGUGUGGACAUUGCAAGAGGCUAUAUUAUCAGUGGAGCUCACGUUUGUUGGAUUUAAUGAGAACAGUGUCUUGCAAACUGACGUGACAACCAUUGACGAACUUACCAAAUUCACUCGCAUAUGGGAUGAAAUGAGCGAUGCUUCGGACGCAUUUUUUGAUAUUAACGAUUAUGAGGGAAAUAUAUGGUUAGCGGGAUCAAGACAUCCAUGUAGUCAGGAUAUUAUUGACACCAACUCCAUAGUUGUAGACGUUGGUAAUAUCAUGCACAGUAUCAAACCUUUAAACUUGCGAUGGUAUAAAGACCUGACAGGGAAGGAUGCAAAAACCACCUUGGAACAUACCACCGACACAGUGUUUCGGCAAUUGGGUAGCAAUAAGCGUGAAUGCCAAAGACUACAUGACCUAGUUUAUGGUAUAUGUGCAUUGUUCGAUAUCAGUCUGACUGUGGAUUACAACAAAAAAUUUGAAGAUGUAUUUUUGGAAGCAUUACAGCAGCUUGUAAAACAAGGAGUUUUUGUCUUGCCAGAAAGGCCACAACCAAUUCAUGGAUAUACCUGGUUACCAAACUUGGAGCACAUAGAUUUAAGGGAUGUAUGGAGAACAGUGAGAGAUUGGGAUUUCUAUCACAAUGUCAAGAACGAGGGCACAAAUAUUUUUGCAAAAGGCAAUUUGGUCCAGAUGCGUCAACCUCAUGUAUUUCGAUCAAGUAUGAAGAGCGUUGCAGAUGCCUUGAAGGCUAUUGUGCCGUUCGUGCCAAUUAAGAAGGACUUUGAUGUCAGCUGCUUUGACCCUUCUGCACUAACUAUCACAUGUGUAGUGCUUUGGAUGUACAAGAACCAUGGACGCAAUGACAUGCAGGCAAUUGAUGUGGAAUCCUUGAUAUACUUGAUAUUAUGCGGUCAUAUGCAAUUGAAGAUCUUACAAGAUCUACACCUCGUUGCAACAGAUUUUGCACCUCAUGGAAUUCACAGCGCCAGGCAGAUAAAUUACAUAUUGGAGUGCUGUGACUUGGUGUGGAGUGUUGAGAGUGUGUACAGAAAUGUACUGUAUUUGCACUAUUCUGAUGCAAUUUUGGUUCUCAAGAAAAAAAUGGGGCUUGUGUUGUAUAAUGCUCCAUCCCCAGUCCAAGCAAGCAAUACUUACGGUGUAUUCUAUAAGCGUAUGAAGUUCUCUAAAGUGCAUGGGAUAACUAGCAAUGUCCUUGCACAAAACAGUGAUGGCAUUUGGGACAAUCAUGGACGAGCUCUUUUCUGGUAUAUUUCUAGGUGGGACAUCCUUGAAAGCAAGGUUUUGGUAGGUACAGUACACUCAUUGGCUUGUUGAAAGGUCCAGUAUGCACCGUGCACACAAGAAGUUAGGAAGAAUUUGGUGCACAUGGAAGUAAGAGCACAACAAUCAACUUAGAUUCCGCGUACAGUCGAGCAAUGCUGUAUGUUUUGAAAAUAUAACCUACAAAAUACUUUAUUAUGAUUGAACAGUUGUCAAAUUAUUUUUCCAAAGAAAGAAAUCUUCCUUAAGUGUUUGUCACACUCUUGCGGUCUUCAAAUUUCCACCUAAAGAAGUAUAUGCUAACCUGGGUAGUUAAACAAGAGAAGCUCUGGGAUCUUCUCUCCCCUCCUCCUCUAAGUAGCUCUUCACAUAGCAAGAAAGAUUCUAGAGACUUUGAUAGUAAAGACUCAGAAGAUAGAUCAGAAAGAUUGAUUUUUAUUCCAACCAUGUCAAUAAAACCAAGUCUUCUCACA